UAUAUCGAAUUUCUUGCAUUUGUGAGUUAUUUGCAAAUCUUACACAAUAUUUAUAAAGACAUAUGAAAUGAAGUUCAGUCAGAUAUGAAUGAAUUUCCUUUGAAACCAUCGCUUGCUUCCCUACAAUUCUAACAUCUAACUGCUAACAUGAUAGGUUCUCAUGAUAAAUAGUGUUGAUAUCAUGUACCUACCUUUUUUGUCCUCAAAUCAUGUAGCAAGUUCCAUUGUCUCAUGCGAAUAUUGGUUCACCUAAGUUUGGGCUAUUUGUUGUACUAUUUUUAAAUCUUAAUGACUUAAUCUUUAUUCAAAAAUCACAACGAGUGAGACUAGAUAAUAGGCUGUCCACUGAUGAAUGGAGUAAAUUAGAUCUAUUUGAAUUUUCCUCGCACUGGAGUAUUUCUACUAGACACAGAAGGUGGUAUAAUCAUGUAACUUUUUGGGGGCAAAAGGGUGCUCUUAUGCUAAGUACUGGAUCUGCAACACUUGCUUUGCACAAUAUAAUUCAUCCUUUUGUUCUUUGCUUCCUUUGAGAAAUUAACAAUCUAUUCUUUCUAUCCUAUGGAAACACAAUACAUUGAAUUUGAUUACUUUUAGCCUAUGGAAAUCUGAAAGUCUACAGCUUGUCCCUCAUUGCGCUGAGCAAAAAAAAAUGAUGACCUUUUUUUGUCAAUUCAUUUGAUGCAGAGAGUAGUAUAUAGUCAUUUGUGCAUAUUAGGAAUGGACAUACCUCACCAAUGACGCAACAGCUCUAGAUUUAAUAACAAAGCUGGCAUAAAUCAAAUUUAAUCUGCUAUUCUGGUUGUUUUCCAAUAGCUGUGUGAUGUUCAAAGUCAAUUUCUGCAACAGCGCAGAUUCUUCCUGAUUUUAACCUGAAAUAGCUUAAUAGCUAUACAGGCAAUCUUGGUAUCUUAGUAAAUCAGCAUGAAUUUGGUCACCUUUGAUAGUGUUGCAUAAUUGUCGCAAGCAGCGAGCUAGAUCAGGUUGAAAAUUUGAUAUAGAGCACAAAGCUUGUUUUCUUUUGGUUUCAAACGUGGAGACAUGCGAUCUUGGUAUCUUAGUCAAUCAGCAUGAAUUUAGUCACCUUUGACAGGGUUUCAUAAUUGUCGCAAGCUAGAUCAGGUUGAAAAACUUGAAAUAAAGCACAAAUGUUUUCUUUUGGUUUCAAACAUGGAGUUGCUGCAGUUUCCUUUUCCUAGCAGCGCCUUCAGGGCAUUAGUAGAUCCCUUUGCUCAAGGGCAACUGAGAAAGGGAUGUCUUCCCUACAAAGAGAUACAUGUCUCACACAAAUGCAAACAUCUCAGUCAUCACAAUAAAGAAAAACCACACUUUCCUUUUUAGAAUUCCACAUUGUUUGUUUUCUAACAAGAAAAAUGCAUUUAAUAUAUUAGGUUCAUUUUUACAUCCAAAGCAGAGCUUGGUUCAGUCUCAGCAACUCAAUUUGUAUUCAAUAUAUCUUGCUCAAUUUCUAAUAUUGUAAGCACUAAAAAAAUACUUAACAUAGUUCUUAGGUGACUAUUUGUGUUUCUUUAAAACACAUGAUCGAACCACCCUCAACAAUAUUUCAAACUAUUAACUUGUACGCAUGCACUUGGGUUAAGUGUAGGCACCUUCUCAUGAAUGGAAUAUUUGACAGGCUGCCAUCCUGGAUACGGAGUUAUCCCACGUUUAAGUUGCGCAUAAUGACUAACUCCUGAAUGUAUAGACCUUCUUGGAAACAUCUCUUUUCUCUUUAUAUUUUGCCAGUUCCUGUGCCUGGCUAUAUCUUGAAAUUUCUGAUCUUAAAGCCUAUUAAUACUUGUUCUGUGCACACGUACUUCGCCAUCCUGAUUGUCCUUGGUGGAGUUCAAUUGUGUUAAGCCUACACUUAGAGAGACUCAGAAAUGGAGGAAGAAAAAUCAAUCCAACCACCAACUUAUGGCAACCUUGUAACAAUUCUUUCCAUCGAUGGUGGAGGGAUUCGAGGAAUCAUUCCAGCUGUUGUUCUCACCUUUCUUGAAUCAGAGUUGCAGAAACUUGAUGGAGAGGAAGCCCGGUUAGCAGAUUACUUCGAUGUCAUUGCUGGGACCAGCACAGGAGGUCUUGUGACCUCAAUGCUGGCUGCACCAAACAAGAAGAAUAGACCGCUUUUUGCAGCCAAGGAUAUUCAAGCAUUUUAUAUGAACCACGGUCCCAAAAUUUUCCCACAGAAGAGGGGUCCGUUUGGUAGGAUAAUGAGGAUAUUCCGAUCGCUGUCAGGACCUUCUUAUGAUGGUAAGUACCUUCAUGAAGUUGUCAGAAAGAAGUUAGGAACCACCAGGCUGCACAAGACUUUAACUGAUGUGGUAAUACCAACUUUCGACAUUAAACGGCUGCAACCAGUUAUUUUCUCAUCCUAUGAGGUUAAGAAUGACAAGUGCAACACAAUGGAUGCUCUACUAUCAGAUAUUUGUAUUAGCACAUCAGCUGCUCCAACGUAUUUACCUGCACACUACUUCAAGACAGAAGACUACCAUGGGAACACCAAGGAGUUCCAUCUUAUUGAUGGAGGAGUAGCUGCCAAUAAUCCGGCUUUAGUUGCCAUCGGAGAAGUAACCAAGCAGAUAUUCAAGGAAAACCCAGAUUUCUUCCCAAUAAAACCUAUGGAUUAUGGACGGUUUUUGGUCAUUUCACUAGGCACAGGCUCAGCUAAGUUUGAAGCGAACUACAAUGCACAAACGGCUAAAUCAUGGGGUGUGCUGGGUUGGUUGCUUGGUAGUGGAUCCACUCCCCUGGUAGAUAUUUUCACACAAGCAAGUGCAGAUAUGGUGGAUAUCCAUAUCUCUGCUGUUUUCAAAGCUUUGCAUUCUGAACAAAACUAUCUGAGGAUUCAGGAUGAUACUCUACAAGGCACACUGUCCUCAGUUGAUGUUGCAACCAAGGAAAACAUGGAGAAGCUUGCCAGUAUCGGAGAUGCACUACUAAAGAAACCUGUCUCACGGGUAAACUUGGAGACUGGUCAUAUGGUACCUGCUUAUCGUAGCACAGAGAUGACCAAUGAAGAAGCUCUAAAGAGAUUUGCAAAGCUACUUUCGGAUGAAAGGCGAAUUCGCUGGGCAAGAUCGCCAAAAUGAAGAAAGUCCUGUCCGUUGUGUCCAUAUCCCAAGAAUUCCUGAUGACUUCAUUCAUUUAUAAAUUAGUUUAUAUGGUUUGUUGAUACAAAGUUCUGCUGUAACACCAUACAAUAUUGUGUAGGUGGUCAUAUCUACACCGCACAUUUACGCUAUUAGGAUCUGCAUGCUUUUUUGGCAUGUAAAAAAAAUGUAAACACACUAAUAUUGCUUUUGAAUAAAUAUCAUCAUUUUA